AUGUCACUUGUAGCAACAGGCCGAAUAGAUGCAAAAAGGAGCUUGAGUCGGUCAAUCGCUCAGCAAAAUCGAUCAUACUUUUUCGUACCUCUGACUUGGGUGGAAUUUCGUGAACGAUUUGAAAGAUGGAUCAAGCCGACUGACCCUCGCGUUGUUAGUGUCCAAGUCUUCUCACGGAAAAUUCUGCAACAAGAAAACCAAAAGUACGAGAGGAUAUCAAAGACACCGAUUCUUAGAGAUAAGGGAAAAUGGGGCAACUGGUUCAAGAACCGAAACAAGAAAAUGGGUUAUUACACGCCAGCGCUUCCACUUCCGAACCCAAAGGGAACCCGAAUGGAGAGGCUAGCAGAACGAUACCAAGGAUGGAAAUCAAGGCGGAAAGAUGAUUACGCUGGAUGGAAAGCUCGACGAAGACAGGAUUACGAAGGCUGGAAAACAAACAGGAAAGAACGCUUUGAAAAUUGGAAAUCCCGCCGAUUGUUGAAGACGAAAGAGAUUGUCGUGAAAGAGUACUGUCAACCAGAUUGGUUCGAUGAUCUAGGCCGUCCAUUGACAUCUCGGGACUCAACUGGACGUUUCGUAAAUCCUUGGCAAUCUCAAACUACGAACGGGGUACACUCACUUGGAACACUGCUCACUUGGCGAUAUAUAAGACUAAGGCGACUCUUCAAACAGUAUGUUUGGCAAUAUGAAAAUGGAAUGGGAAAUACAGUAAAUGCAAUGCCACAACUACGACCACAACAACCAAUGCCACCACUUCCACCAUUGGAUAGGAACGACACCUCAAAAGUGCAGCUUACUUGGAUUGGUCAUGCAACGUGCUAUGUGCAAUUGCAUGGGGUCACCAUUCUGACCGACCCCAUUUUCAGUCACCGUGCUGGACCAGCACAAUGGGCACCUUUCGGCCCUUGCCGAGAAGUUGCCGCGUCCCACUCUUACGACGAGCUGAUGACCCACACUGGUGCGAGAGGGAUCGAUAUCUGUUGCAUUACGCAUGAUCAUUAUGACCAUCUGGACUACGACUCCAUUCAAAAAUUGAAGGGUAACGUCGAAACAUGGAUCGUUCCACUUGGAAUCAAGGAAUGGUUGAUUGUAAAUGGUGACAUUUCACCGGACUCAAUCGUUGAAAUGGAAUGGUGGGACCAGAUCCAUCUCGAUUUUCGCGACAGUCCAGUGCGCGUUCUCGAUGGCCCAAAGGAGGUCGAUGAUAGCAAUGGCAAGCCGAUGACAAUUACGUGUUGCCCUGCAUCUCAUUGGGGGAGCCGAAACAUGUCAGACAGAAAUACAAGAUUGUGGUGCUCUUUUGCCUUCGAGUCGAAUGAUCAACGCGUAUUCUUGAGUGGAGACUCCGGAUAUCCAACCUUCCCCCUCUUCCGACAAAUUGCAGAUACUCUUGGUCCUUUCGAUCUCUCAACGAUUCCAAUCGGAGCCUAUGAACCCGCCGUCAUGAACAAGGAUUCUCAUGCAAAUCCAUACGAAGCGGUUCGAAUUCACAAGGACUUGCGAUCACACAGAUCCGUUGCGAUACACUGGGGUACCUUUCCUUUGAGCGAAGAAGAGUUGUAUGAACCUCCAAUGCAACUUAAACUAGCACUUGAAAAAGAGAAGGUUGAUGAGAAUGACUUCAUCGCUAUUCGUCAUGGUUCUUCUGUUCAAGUUUGA